AUGGUCGACGAUUCCAAAUCUCCUUCUCCGGACAAGCUCUCUCCUCUACCAGAGGGGGAGUCUCUCCUAUCCCAACCGAACUCCGAUGCCCAAGGCCAGCUUACCGCAGCCGUGGACGAUCUGCUCAAUGAACUCCAAAGCAAAUUUGACAAUGUUUCUACGGAGAUGUUCGGGAAAUUGGAUGACAUGACCAAGCGGCUUGAUGAGCUAGAGGCGUCUCUAGUUGCAUCUUCUGGUGCCGGCGCCCCGAGUCAGGCAAAAUAA